AUGACAAGCUCAGGGAACCUAUGUCUUUGUGUUACCUGUGGUACGCAAUACGAUAUCCCCUUUGUGGAACGCCCAUCUACCUGCCGCAUGUGUAAUGAACCCCGGCAGUUCGUACCACCUUCUGGGCAGUCAUGGACCACCCUUGAGGAACUGCAGACCACCCACAAGAAUGAGUUCAAACAAGACCAGAAUGACAAGCGAAUCUGGUCAAUCUUUUCUACUCCCCAGGUGGCCAUCGGGCAGCGAGCAGUCUUUAUCCAGACCGAGUCUGGCAACGUCCUUUGGGAUUGCAUCAGUUUGCUGGAUCAAGAGACCAUUAACUUCAUCAAGUCUCAUGGCGGUCUUGCUGCCAUUGCGAUUUCUCAUCCCCAUUUUUACAGCACACACUUAGAAUGGGCGCGAGAAUUUGAUUGUCCUGUGUAUCUUGCUUACGAUGACCAAGAGUGGUUAAACAGAAAAGAUACUGAGCAUCGAAGAAUCCUCUUCCGAGAUGAGACCCAAGAGAUUCUCCCCGGGGUGACCAUGAUCAAGCUUGGAGGCCACUUCCCAGGAAGCUCAGUCCUCCAUUGGAACAACAAUAUUUCUAGGCUCAACCGCUUGCAUCAUACCAAAGACCACCAGGUCUUCUUUUUCCACUACGCAUUUUCUAACUUUAUCCCUCUUGGGCCAACGGCUAUGCAUCUCAUGUGGAACAGACUUCGCCCUUGGCAUUUCACAGCGGUGUACUCAUUGUUUUUCAGGACAACCGUACGUGAACCUAAUGUCAAAGAUUUGAUCCUCGAGAGCAUGCAGCGUCAAGCAAAGCAUCAAGAGAACACUGGACACCCAUUGCUGGAAGAACAGCCAAGUGCAUAA